GAGAAGCAGGGAAUUAUAAGCUGUCUGUGUAUGUAGAGGAGAAGGAAGAAUGGAGGGGUGAUGAGUGGGAGGCAUGGGGCGAGCUGUGGAUUUAGGGAUGCCUUCUGGGGGGCUCAGGAAUCCUUGGUUGGGCCUGAUGAUGAUGUGCUGCCUAGGCUGCCAUGCAAAAUCACUGGUGGAGCCCCCAAUGCCUCAGGAAAUCAACCUAAAAGUCCAAGUAUACGAGAAUGGAGACCUGUCACCCCUGGCCUCGGCUGUGGUGGACAUAUUUGGGAAUCAGAGUGGCCUGGCUUCUGGAGUCACCGAUCAGGAUGGCGUGGCCAUGCUGGGCAUCAGCUACAGACUGGGGACCUGGGUUCUUGUUACUGCUAGCAAGAGAGGCUACGUGACCAACUCUGUGCCCUGGCGGGUGGAUAGACUUCCACGUAAGGAUUUGUACGCCUCUGUUAGCCUGUACUUGGUUCCUGAGCGACCGGCCACACUCAUCCUCUAUGAAGAUGUUGUGCAGAUUCUGCUGGGAUCACCAGGCGUCCGCAGUCAGCCCUUGGUUCAGUUCCAGAGAAAGUCUGCUCGCUUACCCCGAUCCUCCACUUAUAACCAACUGUCCUCUUCACUCACCACUGCAAAUAACCUCCACCAAAUGAGAGGAUUCCCAGCAUUUAUUGGAGCCGAUCCUGAAUCCAGCAAUGGGGGAAACUCCAGCUGGGUGGAGCUACUUCCUGUUGCUGCAGUGAGUGUCCAUCUCUUUACGGGGAAUGGUUCUGAAGUUCAUCUAACUGGCCCUGCUCAGCUGUCUCUUCCCAUUCCCUCGGACAGUGGUCUCGCACCUUCCAGCAGUAUACCUGCCUGGAAAUUUGAGCCAAAGACCGGUCUGUGGGUACGUGCUGGUAUGGGUGUGGUGCGAAGAGAUGGACAACAGUUGUACUGGUCGUUUUCCUACCCAAAACUGGGUUACUGGGCAGCAGCGAUCCCAUCUACAGGUCGUGGUAUGAUGUCACUUAUGAGUGGUGUGGACAUCGCUGGGUACCAUACUAUCUUCCUGCUCUCUAUUCUGGGUGCACUUACACUCCUGGUCCUAAUCCUACUUUGCCUGUUAAUAUAUUACUGCAGGAGGCGAUGUCUCAAACCAAGACAACAGCAUCACAAGCUGCAGCUCUCUGGCCUCAAUGAGCCCAAACGGGACCAGGCAACCUCGACCUCCCACCUUAACCUUAUCAGUACCAGCCACUUGGACAGCACCUCUACUGCUGACAGUGACCUUAGGACUCCAGUUCUGCGCUCUGCUUUUUCUUCUCGAGAGGACUUUUGUAAGCCUGGUGGACGUUCCUCCAUUCAACAUUCUACAGAUACUCUCCCAUUAAGACCAGGUCCUCGAGAUGAUUACCCAUUAAAAUCUGCCCGCUCUGGUGACUUACUGGAUUCAGAAGAUAUGAAAAGAGGCUAUGGCACUGGUGGGAAGGGGCAGCAGAGGAGGAGAGGAGGUAGAGGUGGCACCAGAGACCCUCCGCCAUCCCCUCCUCCGCUUCCACCACCUUUCAAGCAUGUGAUAGGGGACUCAAAGCCACCUGAUUAUUUGAUGACACAGUCUGCAGAUCCAUUAUCACGCCCUACAUCUUUGACGCAACCUGGCCAACUAAUAUUUUGUGGAUCCAUUGAUCACAUGAAAGAAGGGGGGUAUAGACAUGCUAUGCCCACACUAGUCAUUCCAGCUCAUUAUGUAAGAUUAUCAUCGGAAGAAAAUCCUAGCGGACAAGGUGAAGAGCAGACAGAAAGUGAAUCAGGAUCCACCCAAGUUUUACAUACUCAUCAUUUUGCUCCUCAAGAUCAUGCCCAACGUCAACAAUUACUUCAGCAAACUCAUAACUACCAACAAGGGGCAUCUACUGGCUCCUCACAAGACCAAGAAGGAAAAAACUGGGGUAAUCAUUCUUCACAAAUGAGUGGUUCUGUCACCAUUCCUGUAGUUUUUAAUGAGUCCACAAUGGCACAACUGAAUGGAGAACUUCAAGCACUGACCGAGAAGAAACUUUUAGAACUUGGAGUCAAACCUCACCCAAGAGCCUGGUUUGUGUCACUAGAUGGACGUUCUAAUGCACUGGUGCGUCAUUCUUAUAUUGACCUGCAGGCUGGAGACAAGACACGUAGCAAUGAUGCCAGUCUGGACUCGGGUGUGGAUGUCAAUGAAAUUAAAGUGAAACCCGGGCCAGACGAAGGGAGAGGUGGGAGGUCACAGCAUCAGCCUUCUAGCUUGACCUACUCCAAAUUGGUCUUUGCUGAAGAAGGUGAACAGAGUCUAAGUGAGAGUCGGACUGCUGGUGGCUGCUCCCCAGAAGACAGCUCACUCACACCACUUCUUGAUGAGGCCUCUGACACUUGCCCAGUCAUGAACAGGAGAGGGCGCAGCAGAGGCGACAGUUCCCGCAGCAGCACCAGUGAACUAAGAAGGGAUUCUAUGACCAGCCCAGAUGAGGACCUUAAUGACCAAUCUGAAGGUGGGGAUGACCAAGAUAAGAAGAGCCCCUGGCAAAAGAGAGAGGAGAGACCACUGAUGGUGUUUAAUGUAAAAUAAUGAGGGAUUUCUCAAUUCUCAUUCUGUGUAUAGGAUAUACCCCUCAAAGGACUUCGGGGAGAAAACGCAGGGAUAUCCCUUGAAUCCGAAGCAUGGGGCUUGGAGAAUGACAACAUCCUGCCCCCAACUCUCUCCUAUCUUCAAGGCACAGCCCCAGCAUUGGAGAGAUCCCUGUGUGUAAGGCCAGAGGCACCAUGACACAAAUAUCUACACACCAUAUAUAAACACACAUACGGUAUAUAUACAGUACACACAUUUACACAGCACAACAAAACAAGAGUUAAGCAGUCCCUCAGUGAACUGGGAGUCUAUGACACUGCACAGUGAGACUCUCAGUGGGACUAGUCCCCUCUUGUUGGGAGGGACAAUAUUUUGGAUAUGUACCCUUGAUUCUUCUCUCCUUUCCUGUUAACAUAGUCAUACAAGGACAAGAGGUGCAGGUUCGGUCGGCUCCGAAUUGCCAUUGGCUCAGUCAUUAUCAUCACUGCUAUGGAGAUGGUCUCAGCACCUGUCCAGCAGGGUAGGCAAAGCUCAGUAGAAACAUGACAUCUCUUAGUAGCUUGAACAUUGUGGUCCUAGUGUUUUGUGUGUGUAAGGUGUGUGAAACAUCAUAGCUUGCAAUGCAUUCUGGUCCUUCAAGUUCUCAUGUAGGGAGCCAUACAAAUCCUACAGAUUUUUCUUUUCUACUUAAAUGGCUCCACUCUUCACUGCAUUGUGGUUCCACCCACCCCUUACCAUGGAGGCCACAACUACCUGCCAUGAUGCAUUAAGAGCCUUUUAAUUCUCAGACCUAUAACAUGCCUGGCUAUACAUUGUACUCAUUGUAACCCCCACUACAUCUCAAUAUUAGCCAAUAACAUGUAAUGCAUUCUGGUCAACAUAGUAUUAAUAUAUGAUAGAAAUACCAUGUUCCUCCUUUUUUGCAAUGCAUUAUGGUCUUUUGAAUCAGACAUUCCUAAGGCUAUUGAGACUGAUUUCAUGAUGCAUUCCGGCACGUGAUUAGGUUCCUUGUGGGGAAGCUAUUUGUAUUGCGAGAAGCCAAUCCCUUGAAAUUUCCCAAGGUGAACAGCACAAGAGAAAGUGUAUUUGUCAUGUUACUGCCGUUUCCUACAAACAUUACUAAUAAAACAUGAAAGAAAAGUU